UCUACCAUCCGCAAACCCAUCAUUGCUGCUGUCAAUGGCUAUGCCCUGGGUGGCGGGUGCGAGCUGGCCAUGAUGUGUGAUAUCAUCUAUGCUGGGGAGAAAGCACAGUUUGGGCAACCAGAAAUCCUACUGGGAACCAUCCCAGGUGCUGGAGGGACACAGAGGUUGACCAGAGCGGUGGGGAAGUCACUGGCGAUGGAGAUGGUCCUCACUGGGGACCGGAUUUCUGCACAAGAGGCAAAGGAGGCAGGUCUGGUCAGCAAGAUCUUUCCUGUGGAGAAGCUGCUGGAUGCGGCCAUUGCCUGUGCUGAGAAGAUCGCCAGCAACUCCAAGCUGGUGGCUGCCAUGGCAAAGGAGUCGGUCAACAGUGCCUUUGAGACAACACUGGAGGAGGGGAUGAGGACAGAGAAGCGGCUUUUUUACGCCACCUUUGCCACUGGUGACCGCAAGGAGGGGAUGUCAGCAUUUGUGGAGAAGCGCAAAGCAAACUUCACUGACAGCUGA